CUGACGCCAACGACCCCGACGAGCUUGCAAACAUGGCCGGCGGCGCGUACAUCCCCCCAAACCAGCAGCGCAACAUGCGCGCCUGCAUGGUCUGCUCCAUAGUCCGCACCCAGCAGCAGUUCAUGACGCAGGGCUGCCCCAACUGCGAAGAUAUCCUCGAGCUCACCGGCAACCCCGAACAAAUCAACGACUGUACCUCGCAGGUAUUUGAAGGCCUCAUCACGGUUGCCGAUACCUCGAAGAGCUGGGUCGCUCGGUACCAGCGUCUUGAGGGCUACCAGCCGGGCGUUUACGCGACUCAGGUCGAGGGUAUCCUCCCAGAUGAUAUUAUUGGCCUCAUCGAGAGCGCCGGCAUCAACUACGUACCCAGAGACGGCAGCGAGCAGGACAUGCUUCCCAAGGACUGAGAAUGUCAAAGGGAGAGACGAGUUGGCAACAUCAACUAGACGCCACGCGCCGUGGGAGUGAAUACUUGCAUUACAUCUUGAGCGACGGAGUUACGGUAAAAGAGGGCCACAUAUGUCCCAACAUCAACGUGCAUGGAGGAAGUCGUCUGAUCUUUCAUUUCAACCAAUUCAUGAUGUGAUUGUUUCCCCAGCCCUUUGACAAGUAUCGAAACAUUUCUUCUUUUUCAGCUAGCCCAGAUUGGCAACGCAUCCGCCCUCACUAGCUUUGCAUAGAUAUAUCUCAGGACUUAGGUAACCAGACGUGGACUGACACGACAAGGUCAAUCCAGC